AUGGAUGAGUUAAUAAAUGAAAAUAUGAAGGAAAUUUUUUUUUCCUACAAUGAUAUGAUACAAGAUGAUCAAAGUGAAACAAGUAUGGAAUCGUACAAAGAUGUAAACAAAUUUUUAGAAAGUUCUGAUGAUGAAUCAUAUUUGGAAUAUUCAAAUGAAAGUGAAAGUUCCAGUAUUUGUGACUCUAAUACUACAGAUGAAAAAAAUAUUCAAAUUUAUUCAUAUAUUAGUAAAAGUUUUAUACCAAAAAAGGAUAAAAAAUAUAAAAGGUUUUAUACAGCUAGCUAUGUAAAUAAUAUGAAUAGUAUUAUUAAUUUUCCAUUUAAAAAUUAUGGUGACACAUCCUCUUCAGAUAAAAUAAGAAAGAUAAAAAGUUACCAGUGGAAGCCUUCGGGUAAAAAUAUUCCACCCAUAUCUUUGAUAAAAUUAUCUCAUAAGAAAGCUUGGGAUAUAGGAAAAGAAGGAUGCAAUGGAUUGCUUAUUGAAAAUUUAUUUGAAAGUUAUAAAAAGAAAAAAUUGAACUACAUUGUAUUAGAUGGAACAAAUAUAGAGAACUUUUUAACUGUGUAUUCUCAUUCAUAUCAAGACACUAUUAAAGGUGUAAACCCAAGUAUAUUGAAAAUUUUCAGUUUUUAUGAUCUAGAAGAUGCUUAUUUCCUUUAUGAUAUUAAGAGUAUUCAUAUAUAUAUGGAUGUGGGAAAAAAAAAAAAAAAAAAAACUGUUAUAUUAAAAGAUUUAAAUGAUAAUUUUUUCAACGCUAUAUUGCUUUGUAUGAAUGAAAUAAUAAUUUAUUUAAAAAUACAUAACUUAAAAAGAAGCUUGCUAAAUAAAUCAAAUAAAAAAAAGAAAAAAAAAGUAGAAUUAGAUGAAGAAAUUUACUUUGUUAAAUCUGUUAAAAAUGAAAAUAACCUAUAUAAAAAUAGAAUAAAAGAUGUUAUAUAUGCAAAUAAAACAAAAAAUAUAAAACAUAAUUUUACUGAUGUAAAAAAUCUAGAAAAGGAAAGUGUAAAUAAUUUAAUUUGUUUCGAUGAGAAUAAUGAUGAUAUUAAGGAAAAAUUGAAAUCAAAAGAAUUACCAUCCAAUAACUCUGAACAAUUUUUUUAUAAAUAUUUAAAUGAUAUAUUGAAAAAAGAAGAAGAUGAAUUAAAAGAAGUUAAUGAAAAUUACGAUAUUACCAAAAAUGAAUAUACAUCUCAUACGUCGGAUAGCAUUGAACAAUAA